AGCACCAUCCUCUCUCUAUUUCUCUCUCAAAAAUUGACAAAUUCUUUCCUCGUGUUCGUAACAAACAAAAGACACUCCGUAUAAUCUCUCCGUAUAUAUACAAAUAGGCUUGUUGAAACGGACGGCGGUGGUGGAUUGAUCAGAUCAGAUCUAAUGGCGGAGGACAAGUACAAUCUCAAGAACCCGGCGGUGAAGCGUAUUCUGCAGGAGGUCAAAGAGAUGCAGUCUAAUCCUUCCGAUGAUUUCAUGAGUCUACCUCUCGAGGAGAAUAUAUUUGAGUGGCAAUUUGCAAUUAGAGGACCUGGGGAAACUGAAUUCGAGGGAGGAAUCUAUCAUGGACGGAUCCAGUUGCCGUCUGAAUAUCCAUUCAAGCCUCCUUCAUUUAUGUUGUUGACACCGAAUGGUCGUUUUGAAACCCAGACCAAGAUUUGCUUAAGCAUAUCGAAUCAUCAUCCCGAGCACUGGCAGCCGUCAUGGAGUGUGCGGACUGCACUAGUUGCACUUAUUGCAUUCAUGCCCACCAACCCAAAUGGAGCACUGGGCUCACUGGACUACAAGAAGGAAGAGAGGCGAACUCUGGCCAUCAAAUCUCGUGAAGCACCCCCAAAAUUUGGGACCACUGAACGUCAGAAGCUAAUUGACGAGAUUCAUGAAUGUAUGCUAAGCAAGGCACCCCCUGUUCCUCAAGUCAACUCUUCACAGGCUCCCGAAGAACAACCUACAAACAUAGAUGGUGAAGCUCAGGUGAAUUUGCAAAAUGCUGGGGCCAUACCCACUGGAGAGGUCCAAAAUCCACCGGUAGCUGUAGGGGACAGGAUUGUUGAAGAAGUGCAUGAGGUCCCUGUAAAUACUGAUACCAGCCCUGCUAAUGUUAGGGCAUCAAGGGAGGUUCCAUCCAGUGGCCUGGCUGAUCAGCUGCUGCAAAAGCCAGAAAACAGGGCUCAUAAAGCAGCUGAUGACCGCUUGUUUACAUUGGCUGCUGUUGGACUUACCAUUGCAAUUGUUGUUCUUUUGCUGAAAAAGUUUUUGAAAUCUGGCGGACAUGGUGCACUGUUCAUGGACGGCUCUUAGAUAUGUAGAUGAUGUAAGCUGGCGUUACAAUUCAAGAUAAAUGCAGUAUAGUUAUUGGAAUAUAUAUCUUUAUUUAAGGUUUUCAUCUAAGUUGGAAGAGUUUGUAAUAUAUAUUAUGAUCUUCUUGACAAUAUUCCCAGUUACUGUAACUAAUAAAAUGGAUAUGCAACCCAUUUGAAAUUGCAAGCA